AUGGGGUGCACCCUGUGCACUGUGACUGGCCCCACUGUCAUCGAUAUCCAUGGCCACGUUAAUUCUGUCCAGGAUCGCUGUGUGUACUCUCUGAUAAAGACCCCAUCAAUCCCAGAUAUCCAGGUUUACACGACAUUCCAGGAACGGCGGCGUAAAGAUGUUAGCUUUUUGGACCGUGUGAUCCUGUCUCUGGACAAUCCAGGUGUUAAUAUUUACCUGGAACAAGGUGGGAAAGUUCAGCUGGACAACAUAACAAUGGCGCUCAACGCCACGGCUCAGCUGGUUCACAGUGUGGAGCUUUCUAAGGACCAGACCGGAGUGACCGCCAAGAUGUCCCACUUGAACUACACGAUGACUGUCUUUUUUGAUGGAUACACAGCACAGAUAUACAUUAAAGGACCGAUUGGACAAGCUCCACUUGUGGAGGGUUUAUGUGGAAACUCCAGCAGGCCCUUCAGUGAAGCGAGGCUCUCCGAAAGCAAGACAACCGGCUGUGAGAUGCAAUACGAGGACACCGCUAACAGCACGAUCAACUGCAACACAAUGACUGAACACUGUAAUGUCCUAAAGGAGGCGCCUUUCACGGCCUGUCACAGCAACAUUGACCCGGAGCCCUAUGUAAUGGCCUGCACAAACACUUUGUGCAAAUAUCCUGCAGUGGACGGUCUCAGUUGUCAGUUCCUAGAGGCCUACGCCAGAGCCUGCAGCCUGUACAGCAAUCUCACACUGGACGGCUGGAGGUCAAACGCCAACUGCUACCCUCAGGCCUUCUGUCAGGACCGGUUCUGCAGCGCUCAUGAGUUCUGCGGUGAAAACAGCAACGGUGAUGGAACCCGUUGCUACUGUCGGGCACUAUUUGCCUCCGCAUACACAGCUCAAAACAGUUUAGGUGGCGUGGUGAAUUGCAGUAGCAAUGCUCGGACUCUAACUCUGGUUGGUUGUCUCCUGGAGGACCAAGGCAUCAGCUACACUAACUUACACCUUUACGAAAAAGCCUGCCUAGCUCAAAUGGACCCUGUGACCCACAUGGUAACCAUAACCUUCGACAUCGAAACCAACCCCUGUGGGACGAUUAUCAAGAUGAACGACAGCCAAGUUAUCAACCAAAAUGCCGUCAUCCUGGAGACCACCAGUGAGGAAUUGAUUGGCUUCACCUGUCCCUUCGUCAUUCCAGAUAUCACCAUCGAUUUCUCAGUGACAUUCAAAGUCAAAAGUGGCUCCAGCAGCUCUUCGGUGGCGUAUGUAACAUCCGGAGUUUGGAACUACACAGUGACCAUGAUGGCCUACACUGACCCGGGCCACACACAGGCUGUGGGUAAGGACACCGAGGUGCACCUGAACCAGAAGGUCUGGUUUGAGCUAAAGGCCGAUGGCCUGGAUGAUAAAAACGUUGCUUUGGUGACGGACUCCUGCUUUGCAACCAACACCCCAUCACCCAAUUCCAGUCUGAUAUACGACUUGAUCAUGAACGGCUGCGCGAACCCUACUGACAAAACCAUGACGGUGGAGAGCAACGGACAGGGAACAGCCAACUACUUCUCCUUCAACAUGUUCCAGUUCUAUGGGAACACUGGAGACAUCUACCUGCAAUGCAGACUCAACCUGUGUCUCAAAGAGAACAACUCCUGCGCCCCGUAUGGCUAUGUUAAGAAGAUUGUGGUGUCCGGGGGCUUUCCUGCACAGAAACUCAAGUGA